AUGGCCGCCGCCGUGGAGAGGAAUCCAGCUGACGGGGAGGAGGAGGAGGAGGAGCAGCUGGUUCUGGUGGAAUUGUCAGGAAUUAUCGAUUCGGACUUUCUCUCUAAAUGUGAAAAUAAAUGCAAGAUUUUGGGAAUUGACACUGAGAGGCCCAUUCUGCAAGUGGACAGCUAUGUAUUUGCUGGCGAGUAUGAAGACACUCUUGGAACCUGUGUUUUAUUUGAAGAAAAUGUUGAACAUGUGGAUGCAGAAGGCAACAAUAAAACAGUGCUAAAAUAUAAAUGCCAUACGAUGAAGAAGCUCAGCAUGACAAGAACUCUUCUGACAGAAAAGAAGGAAGGAGAAGAAAGCAUAGGUGGUGUGGAAUGGCUGCAAAUCGAGGAUAAUGAUUUCUCCACUAGACCCAACAUGAUUUGUAACUUUCUACAUGAAAAUGAAGAUGAAGAAGUUGUAGCUCCAGCCCCAGAUAAACCUUUGGAGUUGGAAGAGCAAGAGAUUCAAAUGAAAUUUAAUUCAAGUCUGAGCUAUGAACAGGAAAAACCACCGCACUUGGAAAUAGAGGAUUCUGGCCCUCUUAUUGAUACUCCUUCUGAAACUGAAAGUUCUGUGUGUAUGGAAACUCAAGAUGCUGCCUUAGAAACCACUCCUAGAUAA